UGAAAUGUGAAAGAUUUGACUUGGCUAAGAAAAUAAAUACUAGAAGACUAAGGUAUAUGCUCUGAGAUGCCGGAGUUUAUCCUGGUCUGCAUUGAGCAGGUUCACAUGAUAAAUUGCUAUAGGAGCUCAUUGUUUUUUGUUUUCUACUGGGGUCACUCAAAAUAUUCACUUCUCUGUCUCUCCACUCUCUAGCUGUUCAACUUCCUUUUUCUUGUUUCUUCAAUCCAAGAGGACAUAAUCAUAGAAUUGUUCAAGGAAGACUAGUCGGGUAGUGCUGCAAAUUGAGAAAUCUGACGAUGGCUGGAAACCAUGUGGGAGUGCUUAAUGCACUUGAUGUGGCAAAGACACAAUGGUAUCAUUUCACUGCAAUUAUAAUUGCUGGGAUGGGUUUUUUCACAGAUGCAUAUGACCUAUUUUCCAUUUCGCUUGUCACCAAAUUGCUUGGUCGUAUAUACUACCAUGUUGAUAGUGCAGAAAAGCCAGGCAAUUUGCCUCCGAAUGUUGCAGCUGCAGUGAAUGGUGUUGCAUUUUGUGGAACUUUAGCUGGCCAGCUCUUCUUUGGUUGGCUUGGAGAUAAAUUAGGCCGAAAACAUGUUUAUGGAAUGACCCUCAUGCUCAUGGUUAUCAGCUCUAUUGCCUCAGGACUUUCCUUUGGACAUUCUGCAAAGGGUGUCAUGGCCACGCUUUGUUUCUUCAGAUUUUGGCUUGGUUUUGGCAUCGGUGGUGACUACCCCCUCUCUGCCACCAUCAUGUCCGAAUAUGCCAACAAAAGAACUCGUGGGGCAUUCAUCGCCUCAGUGUUUGCCAUGCAAGGAUUUGGAAUUUUAACUGGGGGAAUUGUUGCUCUCAUUGUGUCAACUGCAUUUGACCAUGCAUACCAUGCCCCUUCAUAUGAAACUAAUCCAGUGGCAUCAACUGUGCCUGAAGCAGACUAUGUGUGGCGCAUCAUUUUGAUGUUUGGAUCGGUGCCUGCAGCCAUGACCUACUACUGGCGAAUGAAGAUGCCUGAGACUGCUCGUUAUACAGCCCUUGUUGCCAAGAAUGCUAAGCAGGCAGCUUCAGACAUGUCUAAGGUAUUGCAAGUGGAUCUCUUAGUUGAAGAGAACAGGGUGGAGCACGAGUCAUCCAAAUCAUUCGACCUUUUCACCAAGAAAUUCGCACGUCGCCAUGGACUUCAUUUGCUUGGAACCAGCGUUUGUUGGUUCUUGUUAGACAUAGGCUAUUAUAGUUCAAAUCUUUUCCAGAAGGAUAUCUUCAGCUCAAUUGGAUGGAUUCCACCUGCGAAAACCAUGAAUGCUAUACAUGAAGUGUAUCUGGUUGCAAGAGCACAAACUCUUAUAGCAUUAUGUGGUACAGUUCCAGGGUAUUGGUUCACGGUAGCUCUGAUUGAUUAUAUAGGAAGGUUUGCCAUUCAACUAAUGGGAUUCUUCUUCAUGACCGUGUUCAUGUUCGCGCUUGCGAUCCCUUAUCAUCACUGGACAAAGAAGUCUAAUCGCAUUGGCUUCCUGGUCAUGUACUCACUGACCUUUUUCUUCGCAAAUUUUGGACCCAACGCCACCACAUUUGUUGUGCCAGCAGAGAUUUUUCCUGCAAGGCUUAGAUCAACUUGUCAUGGUAUAUCAGCAGCGGCUGGAAAGGCUGGGGCUAUUGUAGGUGCAUUUGGAUUCUUGUAUGCUGCACAAAGCACAGAUCCUACACAGACUGAUGCUGGUUACCCUCCUGGUAUUGGUGUUAAAAAUUCACUUAUAGUGCUAGGUGGGGUCAACUUCUUUGGGGUCUUGUUCACUCUAUUGGUUCCAGAAGCAAAGGGAAAAUCACUCGAGGAGAUAUCAGGAGAAAACGAGGAUGAAGAUGUUGUGCACGAUCAUCAACAGGCCUCUUCAGUUAGGACAAUGCCACAAUGAUUUGGGAUUUUUUUCAAGGAAAUGUUGAUGAAAGUUUGUUAUUUUAGUAACAUAUAGAAUGUAAUUCUCUAAUUUAAUACUGCCAUGAUCUGUAAUGAAUAAAUGAUGCAAGCACAUCGUCCGCAAACUUUACAACA